GAGCGUUGUGUUGCGAGCAGUCAGUGUUCGCCAUCCAUUCGCACCGUCCGCGCCGCUCGCGCGCUCUCUAACGCGCCGCGGACCACUCGGGGCUCUUAUCAAGAAAUCACUAACUCUUGCUUAUACUUCAGUGCAAUUGUGAAGUUCCACGGUAUAAUCAGUUAUCGCUCCACUGCAACGUACCACCGUCGCUACGGGCCAGUGAAACCCGCCGCUGAAGACGAGGCUGUAGGUGCCGGCUGCCGGGGGAGGCGUGUUCAUUACCCAAACAUAAGCAGAACACAUACAAACUUUGGCCGAAGGAUUUGACGUCCCAAACACAUAUACGAGCUCAACUAGCGUUGCUGUCGGCAGGAGUCCAGCUACCGAACAGGCACGCGAGCAGCACGCGAGAAAUAGUGAAGAUGUGCUGAGACUAACGCGAGGGCGGAGCGUGCGAGUGCCCAGUGUCGGGUGUCGGUGUCGGGUACCGGACGCUGAGCGGAGAGCGGCACCAUGGAAGACCCGGAGCGCAUGGCGCGCGACAUGGCUGCCUGCGCAGCCAUCAACAACAGCACGGCGCCGCCCCCCGGGCUGUACUGCGAGGGCACCUUCGACACCUGGCUCUGUUGGCCUCACACUCCUGCCAACACUACCGCCUACGCACAUUGCCCAGACUUUGUAAUCGGUUUCAGUCCUGAGUUAUUCGCGCACAAGGAAUGCACCGAGGACGGCACCUGGUGGAAGCACCCGAAGACCAACCGCUCCUGGUCCAACUACACCACCUGCAUCAAACCAGAAGAUGACGUUAGCGACAUAAUCGCAGUUUACGAGGCCGGCUACAGCGUGUCCUUGGUGGCGUUGCUGAUCUCACUCGGCAUCCUCUCGUACUUCAAGAGUCUGCGGUGUGCGCGCAUCACUGUGCACAUGAACUUAUUUGCAUCGUUCGCGUUGAACAACGCGCUGUGGCUGGCGUGGUACGGGCUCGUGGUGCGCUCGCCAGAGACGCUCACCGCGUCGCCGGCCUGGUGCCGCGCGCUCAACGGCAUCCUGCAGUACGCGCUGCUCACCAACUACACGUGGAUGCUCUGCGAGGGCCUCUACCUACACACGGUGCUAGUGAGCGCGUUCGUAUCCGAGCGGCGGCUGGUGCGCGCGCUGCUGGUGGCCGGCUGGCUGCUGCCCGUGCCGUCGGCGACCGUGCACGCUGCGCGCCGCGCCGCCGCCGACGAGCAACUCUGCUGGAUGGACGAGGGCGCGCCGCGACCCGAGCUCGCCGUGCUCGUGUGCAUCGCGGUGCUUCUCAAUCUCGCUUUUCUUUGCAACAUCGUUCGCGUACUGUGCACUAAGCUGCGUGCGGGCGGUGGCAUCGGCGCUAGUGCAGGCGGUGCAUCGAGACCUUCCGCCACUGCGCUGCACGCGCUACGCGCCACGUGCCUGCUCGCACCCCUCCUGGGGUUACAGUACUUGCUGACGCCGUUUCGGCCGGCGCACACCGCCCGAUGGUGGCUUCUGUACGAGUUCGUGUCUGCACUCACGACCUCGCUGCAGGGCCUCAUCGUCGCCAUCUUGUACUGUUUCUGCAACGGUGAGGUGCUUGCCCAGUUGCGACGACGGUGGCGGGUGCUCACGUUCCGGCCUCGUGCUAACUCUACCACCAACACGACCGUUUCGAUGCACGUGUUGCAGUUCGUGCGGUCGGCGGCGCCGGGCGCGGGCGAGGACAAGGUGUGACUGGCGGCGGGCGGCGAGGGUCGCGAGGAAGGCGCGGGCGGCGGCGGGUGCGGCGGCGCGGAGUGCGGCGAGGGCGCGGCCGACGAGCGCCGCCGCGGCGACGGCCGCCACAUCCGGUUCGAGUGCGUCGACAGCGACGACGACGCGCCGCCAGACACGCGCCUGCUGUGAGCUGCGCCGCCGCCGCUGCCGCUGCCGCCGCCGCCUACCACUCCAGCGCCCGAGGGACGACCUUCGCCGCCGUCUUUAUGUAAUAAGAGACAUCAAACGAUGUACUGCGGACUGCUUUAAAUAUAUGUAUAAAUAGUGCUCAGAGAGAUCAAAGUAUCUGUUGUAAAUAGUGUAGAUAAAAUAUAGCCUCGUAACACAACGUUACAUAAAUAAGUGUGUCUGUACUGUUCCCGAUGAUAUAAAUUGUGACUCAAUCUAAUACAUGAUUGACGCAGCACCUCGUCAAGGAAGCAAUUAAUCAGCAAGUCAUUAUAGCUAAGGUGUACUAGUGAGACUCGUCACUAGAUGUGUAUUCAACGUGUCGUCAAUCACCAGUGUGGACAAUGAAUCCGGCACUUCUGAAGUACUUACUGUUAAACCAUAAUCCUUAGUGUACCUGAGCGCUAGGCAGGUAUCGUCGCUAUUAUAUUUGUUCCAUAGAACUGUAUUUGUCUGUAUAUGACUUUCGAAGCUUUAUCCCGUGAUCGUACUUCAAAUAAAUAGCAAAAAUAUUAACUUACUAAACUGACAUACAAUUUAUAUAUUCUAUUUUUGUAGUAAAAAUGUUUAAAACUAACCUGCAAUCAAACAACCGAUCAUAUAUCGGUUCAUGAUUAGCGACGUGAUCUUCUCGCAUAGUUACAAAUAUAUGUAGAAUUCAGACAAGUUAGAAUACCACAUACAUUUGCAAGUUUCAAGCCAAAUGAGUCGCUGACAGCCAGUCACAUAUUUCACUAUUUCCGUUGUUCGACACAUUGUUUAUUUUUUUUUUUUUUUUUUUUUUUUUUUUUCCCAUGUACACGCUGCACAUUGUUAUUUAUUAACAUUAUUAUGUAUCUGUAUAGUUAUAAGUAAUUUCGUUUCAUACCCAAGUCAAUGCGACCGUUACGUAUGUCAUUCGCAAGAAGCCAGUAUUACGAGUAUUAAGGUUCAGUUCUGACUGCCAGAAUUGUUAAUAUUUAUGAGAGUGGCGACACGACACCGUACACGUGGAUGGUCGGCGGCGAGCUCUGAUAGCCACCAACGCGCGGUUGUACUUACUGCGUGUAUCUGUACUAAGGAGUUGUUACAAUUGUACCUAUAUAUAAAUUGUUCAGUGCACGGGUGGCCAACAAGUUAAUCAAGAUAGUCAAGAAUAUUUGACGAUCGUCCUCAACGUCUCAAUUUCAACUUGCGGUUGACUUGGGAAAUUACAAAUUGUUUAAAAUAAAUAUUUAACCGCUUCUUACAGAAAUAACUCUUAAAAAAAGAAAUCGAAAUGCAUUUUUUUUUAGUUUAAAAAAUGUUAUGUACAUAGCUACCCUAUAUUUGCGUACCCCUGUUAAAGAGGUCCAACCAGGUUGUCAUGGUGUUAGAGCGUACGGUAGCGGACUAUGGGGCCUAUCACGUCACAGUCGUAUGGCGCAGUACUAUUACUGUAUCUAUAGUUGGUGUAAAUAUUGUACAUAAUUUUGUAAAUUGCUAAUAUAAAACAGAUACCAACAAA